AUCAUCUCUCAUCCUCUCUCAUCCUCUCUCAUCUGCAUACUCCAUCUUCGCUCGCUAUCUACACUCGCUACCUUUACUCUCCUUUCCCCCUCUCCCUCUCCCUCACCCAUUCAGCACUCGUCAUCGCAUUCAACAAGCCUUCCAUCACACAAUCCCCCCCCCGAGGGGCUGUGCGACAUUGCAACUGUGAGUCUAAGCCUACGAGCUUGGAGCUUGCAACGGCGACGCGUUCUCGUUCCCUUCAAAACCCUCCCACUCCCAAGUCUGGCGCCUGCUCACGAGAUCCCAAGUGGGGUGAGCUCGUGUCCGUGUUGCAUCGCUAGAUGCAUGUGCGUGUCCAGAGUGCUCCCUGUGGCCUGUGGACCUCUCGAGCUGCACAUUCCUCCAAUCACAUACGCUGGCCCCACCCUUGCUGCUCGUCAUUAUCCCUUCGCUGGCGCGCGCACGAUCCUCUGCCUAGGCCUCCUUCCCUCGACGCCCAUGCCUAUUACCAGGUCCGAGCGUGC